CACAAGCUGCAGAAUUGUAUAAAUAUAAGGAAAGAAUCCAGACAUCAUCACUUUUCACUCACAAUGGCAAAUGCACAGAUCAACGUUAAGUUCAUCACCAACAGAAGAGGGGGACGUAAUCUCGCAUUCAAUGGCUACAUUUACCGGGUAAAUCGAAGGACGGACAACAAGAUCUUCUGGAGGUGCACUACAUCUGGAUGUUCCGCCAGUAUCUCAACAGAGAAUGACAUCCCCACAGGUUUUGGACGACAGCAACACACCCAUGCAGCGGACCACACUGAAGUUGUCGCCAAACAAAUUAUGACAGCCAUCUCCAGAAGAUGUACAGAUGAAGUUAGGCCCAUCCCCUCCAUUUUCAGCGAAGAACUCAACAAACUCCGAGACAACGAAUGGGACGACACCAGCAGAGAGCUCAUCGAGAGGCUGCCAACUUUCAACACCGCCAGGUCAUCACUCUACAGAGCCCGCAGGAAACAGACACCACCACUUCCAAAGACUACAGCAGACAUCAGACUGGAGGGGAAAUGGACAGAGACAGAGACGGGUCAACAAUUCCUUCUACUAGAUGACAUCUUCCAGAACAACAGGAUACUUGCGUUUGCGACAACAGACAACCUUCAAGACCUUGCUGCCUCCGAGACCUUCUUCUGCGAUGGAACAUUCUACACCUGACCCAGCCUGUUCUACCAGAUCUUCACCAUCCACAUCAUGACUGACGACCAGAUGACGCCUGUUGUGUAUGCCCUUCUUCCAGGAAAGAACCAAGCCAUGUACACAAGACUCUUCACUCUCCUUUCCGACAAGAUGAACGACCUCGGUCUGCAGUUCUCUCCCACCAGUGCCCUUGCCGACUUCGAAACUGCAGUACACAACUCCAUCAGAGACGUUUUCCCCGGAAUCACCACCAAAGGAUGUUUCUUCCAUUUUACACAGGCUGUUUGGCGCAAGGCACAGAUCACAGGUUUACAGAUCCCCUACAGAGAAGAUGACAACGUGAAGAAACUGAUAAGAAGAGCAGCCGUCCUACCCCUAGUUCCUCUAGACAGCAUCGAAGACGUGUGGUUCCAAGCCCUGGAAGACCGCGAUGAAGCCGACCUGACGGAAGUGACAGAGACCUUUACAGACUAUGUGACAGAACAGUGGGUGAAUGGUGACAGACUUCUUUGGAAUCACUUCGGAACCAAUGGACCACGGACCAAUAACAACCUAGAAGCAUGGCAUGGGAAGCUGAAGAGGAUGGCAUUACACGCGCACCCAAACAUCUACACUGUCAUCAAGAUAUUCAAGGACAUCCAGAACAGCAAAGAAAUUCUUCAAAUCCAGAAACAAGCAGGAGGAACCAUUCGUCAACCGACAAAGAAGUACGCGACCAUCAAGAGGAGACUGCAGACCCUGAAGGAGCGAUACCAAGACGGGAUCAUCGACCUUAUGACCUACGCAGAUUCAGCAUCGGAACUUCUUCAUUUAGGACAUUGACAUAGUGACAGUGAAAGUGAAAGGACAUUAAGACAGACUCCGUGCCCAAAUUACUUUGUAAAUAUUGUAUAUAUACUGGUAUGAAUUAUACUUUUAAAACUUUAUGUCAUUUUGAAUUGUUAUUUAUUUUUAGACAACCAUGUAUUUAUGAGUGUUUUAAAACAGUGCUAUGUGUCCAAAAAAAGACAAUUGUGUAUAAAAUGUAAUGCAAUUUUA